UAUGAUUCCCGCCAGUGACGCGAAGUAUCCGGUGGAGGAAGGAGCGCUCUACUCGCACUGUCGCACACGAGUCCGUAGUUCUCCUGCUACACACGUCAUGUGUACCAGAGUAUUCAACCAGUUCUCCUACCCUUUUAUACCACGUCCAUAAACAGCCACCAUCAUUGUAAUUGGAUUUUGAACAGUGAAAAGACGUACCAUUAUAAUGAGUUGAUGAAGAAGUCGUGUACGUCGCCGGUAUAAGUGUUGUGCGUCUUUAUAAUCUUGUGGGGGUUUCGAUGCACGUGAUAGUUUACCAAGCUAGUAAAGUGUCCCUUGUGAUCUGGCCAUAAGCUCCCUCUAUCAAAGACUUCCUCGCUUUGGCACAACGAAAAUAUAAACAAUGCUAACACAACUAUCAAUUAGAAGAAUCAACAACAUGAUUUAGAUGGUGAUUCUCAGUCUGUGUCGAAAUAAAAGUUGAUCUCUGACAGUGUACACAGCGUCCCCGUGGCAUGACUGUGGUUCUCUUCGGAUCGUCAGGACCUCUGCGGGGUGACAAGAAAAUGCUGCGACACCUUAACUCUCUUGGUGUGUGUGCUGGUGGAUACACUUCGACCAACGAGGCUGUUGAGACGGCCUCCUUCACCACCACCACCAGAAGCCGAGGAUUGAGUGUGUCAUGGGUGUUGCUGUUGUUGGUGGGCGUAUGGACUGGGUUCACAGAGGCCACUCCUCCUACAUUAUGGGAGCACUUCUUCUUAGACGGAUGCAAGAUUCCUUCAGUUGGCAACAUGACUCGCAAUCUGCACCUCAAGAACCUGACAAGUGGCUUCUUCCUAGAGUUGGACAUAUAUGGGUUUAACGCUCCCAGGUUGAUGAGUAGUCGUGAGGAAUCUUGUGAGUUACUGGCCGGAGCUCUGUACUGGGUCACUACCAUGAGCGAUGAGCAAGACAAGAUGCGCCUUACUUUUAAGAAGAUUAUGGACGAUGGAAGACCCAAAGGAGGAAAAGAAGAAGAGGUAAAGAAAGUUGGAAGUGAGGAAAAAGAAGGGGAGGGAAAGAAUGAGAGCAGUGGGAUGAGACAGGACAUGGAGGAGAAAGGGAUGGAGGAGAAGCAAGACACAGGAGAAGCAGAGGAGAGCAAGGAAGAGGAAAAGGAGGAGAAGAUUAUGGAGUGUGUACUGCCGCUGGUCGUGGCUCUAAAUAACGGCUAUGGCUUCCUCUCCUGCCGAGGGCUUGAGGAGAGAGAGGAGGUCUUGCCGACACUAAAGGCAUGGCGUAAGGACGUGCUAGAGGCUGAGAAGAAAAUGUCAGCCCUUAAGGGGAAGAUCCUGGGCGGUGUGGCCGGAGGCUUAGGUCUGGCGUUAGUGGCGUGUGCUGUGUGUGUGAUAACUCGUCUGCGGCCGCGACACGAGAGAAAGUUCAACGGCAGCAGGAGGCCUUCACAACAGUCCUCCCAACAAAUCAAGACCCGCGUCACCCACGACCACGACAGCAGCACACCACAGAACUCAACCAAUAAGAUGAAAGUGUAAGGUGUUUUACCUGCCAGCAACCUCACAGGAUCCCAUCAGUCAGAAUAAUCACAGCACCUUCACCUUACAAGGAUGGAUCAGUCAAUAGUGAGACAAGACACUAUAAGCAAAUGAAAUAAUUCUAUCAUGUUUUUUUUUAUGAUACUGUGUAUAUAUAUUUAUGAUAUCCUGGCAACAAACACAGAUAGUGACUUUCUUUGAAGUAAUGUAGAAAACUAUAGACCAUUAGUUAAAACACUGAUCAGCUGACUAUACUGUAGUGUUGGGUUAAUGCGCUCAAUGACCAAAUGAGCCAAAUAAUGGACUAGUGUAUGUAACUCAAAGUAUUCCUCAAAAUCCCUAAAAUAAUAGUAACCAUCAAUAGUUUCAACCACGAUGCAUUCUUUUCAAAUUCGUCCUUAAGUGUCGGGAGAGUGUCACAAAAAUGUAAACACAAACGUCAAGGGACUUUGUAAGCACCCAGUGACGUAAUGCUCUACACAAGGGCUGUAUCUCACGGUACAUAUAUAAGCAACACAAUAUCUAUGAACAUGUGUGUAAGUGGACCUGUAGGGGCAUGUUCCUCACCAGGCUGUCUACUCCUGUCACACCACAACACAUGUUCCUCACCAGGCUGUCACACCACAACACAUGUUCCUCACCAGGCUGUCACACCACAACACAUGUUCCUCACCAGGC